ACAGUGCCGUCUCGGGUUCAGCUCGACGUAAAUAAUGGAAAACUUUUAACUUUUCUGGAAGAUUUCAUAAAGAUAAAGGUGAUAAAAGUGAAUUCAGCCGGCCGUGAGCCGUCUCCCAAAUCCCACCGUCGAACGACACGUACAGAAAACAUAAGAAGGGCCAGUGAAGCUGAAAUCAAUAGCCGCACUGGGAGGAGUUGGAUAAGACCUGGAAGCCACUCUUUUUUUUUGGGUAAAACCGUACAAAAUGUUCUUGAAACAGUUCUCCCGAUUGCUGAAACCGUCUACACUAGCUGCAUUCACAGAACCUCUCAAGCGCCUUCCGGCACUAGCAGCAGCCCCGGCAUGUACCACUUCCCGGUGGAACCCGGCCCCAACGCUCAACAACUCUCUCCGGUGGAACAGUUCUAGCGCUGUAGUGCCGCUGGUCGAUAAGAGCACGACGGAAGCGAUCAACAAACAGUUGGAAACCGGAACCGAGGGACGGUUGUUCGCCGUGGUGCAGCUGUGCGGAAAACAGUUCAAAAUCACGACCGGGGACAUCAUCGUGGUGGAAGGUUAUUGGCCACCGGAGAAUGGGGAUCGGUUACGGCUGGACAAAGUGUUGCUCGCUGGUGGCAGCGAUUUUUCACUGAUUGGCCGGCCUCUGUUGGCGCCGGGUUUAGUCGAUGUGCAGGCAACGAUCGUCGAGAAAACGCUCUCCCACACUCGCACCCACUUUCGCAAGAAGCGCAGGAAGCAGUACAUGCGGAUCAACUUCUAUCGCAGCCAGCAAACGAUGAUCCGCAUUAAUUCGAUCGAAAUCACCAGAAAACUGGCCCACUCCGGAGCACCGGAAGCUAGCGGAGAUAGGUUCUUCUAGGGGAAGGGGGGGCCGACUUUUGUGGCGUGUUAGUAGCGGUGUAAUAAAACGAAUAUUAGACGAA